AUGCCCGUCCCUAAGGUUUUAGUUGGCAAGGUCAUUGUAGUGGGGCCUGCUAGCGUAGGGAAGACUUGUUUGGUCAGAAGAUUCGUAGAUGAUGUAUUUGACGCUAACACGCAAUCCACGUUGGGUUGUGACUCGAAGGAGAAGACCCUGAAUGUGACAGCAGAGCCCAUCAAGUUGAUUCUGUAUGAUACAGCAGGCCAGGAGCGGUUUGCCCAAUUGGCCGGGAAUUACUAUAGACAGGCGGAUAUAUGUUUGUUGUGUUUCGAUUUGUCCAAUUCAACGUCUUUCGACCAAAUAAAAUGGUGGCAGAAUCAAGUGGCUCAACAUAACGAACGGGCUGAGUUUGUUCUGGUUGGUACGAAGCAGGAUCUAGCACCAAAACUCGAUGUCUCGUUUGCUCGGAGAUAUGCGAAUGAGAAUGUAGCCGUUGGGGUGGCAGACUUGAUCGCAUUAGACCUGCUCCUCGAGAUUGAUACCAUCGAAAGACAUGGCUCCAGUGCCAAUCAUCAUGAAGCAGAGAAUGAACGCUUCGAAGAACUUCAUAUGGAGUUUGUCGGAAGAUAUUAA